CCCCUUGCUCCCGCCUUCGCCCGCUUCCGGUAGUCAUCGUUGCCGCUGCUGCCGCUGGUGCUCCUGCUGCUGCUGAGGCUGCAGGCGGAGGCCGGAGUACCGGGCGGCGGCGGCGGCGGCGGCGGCGGCGGCGGCAGCAGCUGGAGCAGUAUCGCAGCGGGACAGCCGAGCGAGAGCGGGCGAGCUGAGAGCCGAGCGCGAGGAGCCAGAGCCGCCCGGGCCGCGUCGCCGCCGCCGCCGCUGCACAAAGCCUCGAGCCCGCGCCGGAGCCAUGUCCGCGUCGGCCGGCGGUGGCCACCAGCCCAGCCAGAGCCGCGCCAUCCCCACGCGCACCGUGGCCAUCAGCGACGCAGCGCAGCUACCUCAGGACUACUGCACCACGCCCGGGGGGACGCUGUUCUCCACCACGCCGGGAGGAACACGAAUCAUUUAUGACCGAAAGUUUCUGUUGGACCGUCGCAAUUCUCCGAUGGCACAGACCCCACCUUGCCACCUUCCCAAUAUCCCUGGAGUCACCAGCCCUGGCGCCUUAAUCGAAGACUCCAAAGUAGAAGUGAACAACUUGAACAACCUGAACAAUCAUGACAGGAAGCACACAGUUGGCGAUGAGGCUCAGUUUGAAAUGGACAUCUGACUGCCGCAGCGUCGAAGGAGGCCGUGUGGAGCGGCCUGUGUGCACCUGACUGGGCCAGUAGGAACACAGUGUACAGAGAGGCUCCAGUCCCCCUGCCCCCUCUGGGUGCCAAAUAAUGGGAGAUGUGCUCCAUCCGACCACAUCUUCCCGUCUUCUGCCCUCUGCCCAGUUAAGGUUAGGUUGACGAAUAAGCCCAUGGAUUAUUCUGUGGAGCUGACUGGUCCACAGAAGAAAGCAGUCCCCGUAGCUUACCUGGUCGUUUCCCAAGAAUCUUCCUGCCCUAGUGAGACUUGCCCCAGGUCUAGGACAGGCUCUAAGCAGCACCUCUGCUUGCGGGGGUUGGGGAUGAGGGAGGGUUAGUGCCCAUUGCUGUUCCUGGGCUCUCCCUGUCCUUCCUGCAACCUACUGCUGAUGGGGCGCUGGAUGUGAGCGGUGUUUGUCCUCAGCACUGGAGCACAGCUCCUGCGCCUCUGCUGCACCCUGGGACAUGUGACACUAGCGUCCCUUCUCCCUGGGAGGAAGGCUUCUGUCUUGUCUUAGGUGUGAUAGCUCAUCCCCCAUUCCUUUACCUAAUUCAUUGGCACGGGUAUUUUUUAAGCCCUCCUGAAGGGACCCCUCGGUGACCAGCUGGUCUUUAUCUGUCUGACAUUAUUUCUACCUGCAUCCUGCAGGCAGUCUGCCCUGACACACCCUUGACUUUUGUCUGCUCCUAGAGCAGAAGUGCCAACCCUGGCCUGCACCUGGUGAGUACAGUCUGGUCAGAACAGUCCCCUGAGAAUAUAUCAGUGGCUUCUGAAGAGCACUGAGCCACGGUGCAGCCAGCCUAAGUCUUGGGCCCUGGUUUGAAAUCCCAGUGCGCCUUAGUGAAUUGGGGGUCCUACAGGUUACUGUACCUUGAGUUUAAGGUUGACUUCUUACAUUUCACCCCUACUUUGGAUCUGCUUCGUGCUUGGCUGCCGAGAGAAGCACGGGCUAAGACAGUGCAUUCCUCCCGGUGUCUCACCCUUCUCAGUUUCCGUCCGUCCCUCCCUUCCUCCCUCCCUCUCCCCUUAAACUCUUUUCCUUCUGCUUCUUCCUCCGGCCGUUUUCCAAAUCUUCAUCAGAGAAGCCUCUCAUGUUGAUGUCUGUUAAGAUCUGUCUCUCCUUAUCAGAGGAGAGACCUUUUAUUUUUAAGAUGACAGACCUAUUUUUAGAUAAGUUUUCAGUACAAUUUUGAACUGCAACUUUUUUAACAAAACAUCUUCCAGUAUUGGGAAGGUUAUUUAAAAAAAAAAAAAAAAACAAAAAAAAAAUCAAAACAAUGUUUGUAGGCAAGUCCGCUACUGUCACUGUCCUUUGUCUCCCAUAGGUCCUUCUGAGUGCUUUCCUGUCAAGUUUUGGGGGCUAUCCGGAGUGUAGAAUGGGUGUUUUGAAGAAAACUCCUCUCCCCAUCCCCCACCCCACUCUCCUGGUACUAUGGGUCCAUGUGGAGGUCCCAGGAGAGACCUCUGACAGACAGGCUCAUUCACCCUUCCUAAAGGAAUCCAGUAAAGCAAUCAGGAAUGCCCUGGGAGUUUCUGGUUGUAUUGGAUGCCUAUACUAAGCCCUCUUAGUAAGAUUCCAGGUCCCCAUUGGCUGGGAAAGAAAGCUGUUUGUUUUUCUUUUGAACCAUGGAAAGACCCUCUUUUGUGAAGAAAGAAAGGACAUCUUCAAACCUUGGUUCUGGUUUCUGCUACACAAUGUGAAUAGCUUGGAGUACAACCCUCUGGCUGUCUCAGGAAUAAGCUUAGGGGUCUAGUGCUUGGGGAUUCUUGGAGUCUCCAAGGUGAUAAUUACAAGAGUUUUAUUUCUCUGUUAAGUGUAUCUGUUGUGUUUUUAAUUAAACUCCAAAUUUCAUUUCCUAUGGAGUCUUGGAAAACUUAAGCUGUGCUGUCAUUGGGCUAAGAAGCUUGCUCAGGACUUCAUUCGAACCUGGGAGCUUGAUUCUUCACACACUGGCGGGGCCUCCUGUGGACUCUGAAUCCUGCUUGCCUGAGGACGAAGUCAUGAGAGGAGCAACGCCUCCUCAUUGAACAGCUGUCUGCAGCAGAGCGCUUCCUCCUGGACCUCGACUGGGAAUGGAUCUGAGACGUGCGCGCUGAGCAAGGAACUGUUUCCCUUUUCUCGCCAUCUUGGGGAGUCUGCAUGUGCACCUCCUCUUCCCUCGAUCAGUGGAUGUGUUCUAGUAUUCUUUGGAGUGUCACCUGCAUGGUGCAGGAGCCUUCCAGCCUUGGGUCCUCUGCGAGGAUCCCUCGCUUCCAGGUACGAGCCUUGACUGAAGGCCGCCACCACCCAUAUCUUUGACCUCCAUAAAUUAGCAUUGUAAGAUAAUUGCACAAGACAAGAAAUAAGCUUCCAAUGAUGGCAUCUUUGUACAUGAGCCAUUUUGUAGUAAGCAGAGUCCAUUUCGGGGUUCACCUCUGGGUGUGUACAGAGCCUCACUGUUGGAGCCUUAUGUGGAAAUGUGCGAUGCCUAAUCUGCCAGUCCCCCCACUCCCACCCUCUCUGAGCAAGACAGGUGUUAACAUCUAGUGGCCUUCUGUUCUCUGUGGUGGGGCAGCAGCCUUCACCGGAAGCACCUCCCUCACUCCUCAGCCGGGCUCUCUUUCUAAGCUCUCAGCCCUUCUGCUUUGCUGAACUAGGCACUGCCUUCUCUGGGGCAGAGGAGUGGAAAGGCUGGCAGAGUUCUAGCCUUGGCUUAUGUGGUUAGCUGAUGCUUGUGUAAGAAAUUACCUGCAGUGGUCAGGGCUUCUCCUGGGUGGGGUUUCAGGAGCUGCCAUAGCUCCCCGUUCAAUUAGCGUAGGCUCUCAGGGAGGGUGUGGGUGGGGCCGCUCGCUCUCAUCUGGAGCUGGAGAAUUUAACUUUUUUGUGGCUUUCAGCAGGAUCCCUUCCUUGGUCACACCCCAUGGGUCUCUGGGGAAGAUAAUACUGUGCGGGAGCACCCUGCUUCCUCCUGAAUGGUACUCCCAGCGGAGGUGGGAGAGGAAAGUUGCAGUGCCUUUAAUUCGCCACGCCCUAAAAGGAGAAAACAGGAGAUGGAGGCAGUCAUAGCCACACACUAGGUGCACAUUGCUAUCAGAGCAGCUUUCUAGCUGGGCCAGACUGGGGUAGAUGACAGACUUGUCCCUGCUUGUCUUAGGGAGAGGUGGCAGGAAGUGAAGAUUCCCAGGCCUAUAGCCUCAGCUGCCAGCUUCUCAAGAAUGCUAGCUUUGCAGGUCUCCGAGGCAGCCUCUGUAAGCAUCGCUUGCCACUUCUGUUUUCCCUUAGCCAAGAAUUGACUGAAGGAAUCAGGGGCGUUCUGUGGAACUACACGCACUUUCUUAACCGGGGGCAGGCUUGUCAGGCAGGUAACAGAAUGUUAGAUGUUAGGUUCCUGAGCUGCACAACCGGAAGCAGAUCCCCUGCCCUUCUGGUGCCGCGUGAGUCCCCGUGCUUCAGGCCAGGCCGCCCACCCAGAAGCAGCUUCUCCCUAAGCCAGGAGCGCCCGAAAGCACAUGUCUGGGUCCUGGUCACCUCCUGGUGCCUUGUUGGAAGUGCGCUCUUAGAGAAGCCCAUGAGGUGGCUCAGCAGUGCCUCGGGUCUCCCGGGCGCCGGCUGCUUCCUGCUAGCUGGUCUCACUGUCCUCUACCAGCGGUUCCUUUGCUGUAGCCAUACUCGCUUUAGUGUGUACUUGAGGUUCUAGUGGAUUGCAGGUCUUUCUAACCUGAGGGGAGCAGGGGAUGGCUCGGGCACUGUCUCCUGGGGCCUUCACAGUUCACUUGGGUUCUGCCGAAAGUCCAGCCAUCCAGCUCGUGCACAAGGCUCCGGUGCUGGCGGCCAUGUAUCAGGGCUGGAACCUUCUUCCCAUCUCCAUCUUGAGAGUUGGCUGCUUGAGAGGGUUGUGCUAUAACCCUUUCCCUCCCUCUAGAAGAAAAGCGCCUCUGGCUCCAUAUCGUUCUUUGAUGUGUUUUCUGGACUCCGUGCCCGCGGCAGCUGUUUAUUAACCUGCGAAACUCAAUCACUGGUCCAUCCUUACCACAGGAAGGUGGACCUUCCCGUGGAGUGGGGGAACACCGUGUCUCGGGGAGGAAGGUUCUGGCUGAACUUGGAGUAGGGAGUGGUCACCCCCAACCCCUGGCCUCUCGGCUUUCAGAUCCUGUGGUUGACUCAGUCCUUCAGUGCUUAGCAGUGUUUCCUGCUCUGGUAAUGUAAUGGGUUUCAUCGUGGUGGCUUUUUGAGGCUAGCUCACAGAAACUUGACUGAAGACUGUAAGGAUGACGGACAGGUCUUCAAUGUUCCAUUUGACCAAUCAAGAUACCCUUCCCCACCCUCUGAAGCUGUAGCUUUUCAUUAGGCAGGUCCUGGAACUUGGUGCCUGUUGGCAGAGCAUAACUUUUCAAGUCUCCAGGUGGCCCACGGUUUCUCCCCGCUUGCCCAGCUCUUCUCGUAGCCCUGAUGGCCGUUCUGUGUGCCCAGUAGAAAAAGACUACUGUGCUGAGCUCUUCCCAGCAGAUGCAGACCCCUGCUGACAUUGGUGAGGGUGGCAUCGAGAGGCUGAGUACCUGGUAGCACGUGGCUGUGCUGGUGUCCCGACGGGAGCUCCUGCCAGGGCUUCAGGCCCAGACUCCACAAGGUCAGCACAGACUACCUACUCUUGCCUCUCUACUCCCCCUUCCUCUCUGUUUCAGUCUUUUGAAAACUGCCCAGCCCUGACCUGGUGGUUAUGACUGGAGAACAGGGCAGUGGGGACCACCCGGGCUCACACCAAUGCCUUUGUUCCACUUAAUGGCUGUGGGCCAGCUCCAGCAAUCCUUAAGGUGACUUGAAGAGCCUCUAAGGACUUCGGUCCCCAGUUGUCCAUUUAAGCAUCUUCGUGUUUUCUGAUUCCCCUUCCCUGCUCGCUGCUGCAGUCCCAGCUGUGCGGGCGUGGGAUGGGGUGUCGGAGGUUGUCAGCAUUGCCCUGCUUCCCCUUUGUUCCUCUGGUGUGCUAUCCCCACCCCCUCAGUCACUGUCAGCAAUGCCGUCCUAAGACCAUGUGUGAUUCCAUGGCCAAUUUGUUUUCACUGUCCUGCCAAACAAGCAGGUGUUUGGAACUAGGGAAAGAAAAUCCUCGCCAACGGUUGCUGUUACAGUUAAAUAAAGACUUUGAAUACUGA